CAGAGGGGGAGAAAUGGUCGGAGUGCUGUGCUAGGAGCAGUAAAGCUAGCUGAAAAAUUCCUGCAUUUGGCUUUAUUGUUAUGCUACCCCCUACAAAUCUGUAUAGGCAACAAAACAAGUCAUAGCCCCCCCCCACCCCCAUACACCUCCAAGUUCCCCAGUGUCCCAGCAGUAGCUCUCCUCCCUCCCCCGACUCUACAUACACCUGUGCAAUGUCCGGGCAGCAGUAGGUGCAGAGGAGUGUGUCAUACAAGCAGAAUUUCCUACUCCCAAACCGUCCCGAACCAGGAAGUGACUGUAAAGUCUUCACGCUCCUCUCCUGAUAGCAACACGUCCCCGCCUGCUCAUGGCACUGCCUGCAGCGGAGUCCCCCUGGGGGCACAACUGAUGGCUGGAGAAAUGCACAUCCUGACCAUAUUAGACCAUCUGCCCUGGAACUCCACCUCUGCGGAGCAAGGGGCCAGAAAUGGGUCCCAAUCCAACAUUUGGUACAAUACAAACAAGACUCAGCUCUUGGGUGUUUUGCUGGCAAUCACUGGAAAUUUUCUGAUUAGUAUCUCUUUGAAUAUCCAGAAAUAUGCUCAUCUCCGACUGGCAUGCCAAGCAAAUCAAAAGCCCUAUUACACAAGCAAGCUGUGGUGGUGUGGAAUUAUCCUCAUGGGGCUUGGAGAGCUGGGAAACGCUGCAGCUUAUGGAUUUGCUCCAGCCACCCUUAUAGCUCCAUUAGGAUGUGUAUCCGUCAUAGGUAGUGCGUUUAUUUCUGUCUUAUUCCUAAAAGAAACCAUGAGGGCUGCUGAUAUGUUAGGUGGAACCCUGACAAUUGCAGGAACAUAUUUGUUGGUGACAUUCGCUCCAAAUGUAACCCAGGAGCUCACGGCAACUAAAAUACAGAAUUAUUUAAUUAGCUGGCAGUUUCUGAUCUAUGUGAUCUUAGAAAUAAUAAUAUUCUGCAUUCUUCUGUAUUUCUACAAAAGAAAGGAUGUGAAGCACAUCGUGGUUUUGUUAAUGAUGGUAGCACUACUAGCAUCAUUGACGAUCAUUUCAGUAAAGGCUGUGGCAGGCAUGAUAACAUUCUCUGCAAAGGGCAAAAUGCAGCUAACAUACCCCAUUUUCUAUAUCAUGUUCAUUACAAUGGUGACAUCUUGUGUUUUCCAAGUCAAGUUCUUAAAUCAAUCUAUGCAGCUCUACAAUGCAACAGUCGUGGUGCCGAUUAACUUUGUGUUCUUCACAACCAGCGCCAUCAUUGCAGGGGUCAUAUUUUAUCAGGAAUUCCAAGGUGCAUCUUUGCUGAGUGUGUUCAUGUUUCUAUUCGGGUGUCUUCUGUCAUUUCUUGGCGUGUUUGUAAUCACACGAAAUCGAGAAGAGGAGCAUUUGCAAGUUCCUUAUAUUGAUUGCGGACACAUUCCUGGGAAAAAAGAGAUUGACAAAAUACAGCCGGAUUCAAACAGCUUAUCCUAUGGCACUUUGCAUGAUGAAGAUGACUGGACGAGUGCUCAGAGCUAAGAGCAGCUUCAAUUCCAGUGAACAAGAGGAACUCUCUAUUCAUUGACAUCAUAUUCAUCACCCCAUGUUGAUUGCAUAUAUUCAGUGUGUGUGUCAUGUUGUUUUAUGUUGAGAACCCUUAGUGUUAUUUAAGUAUCCUUAAAUAUCCCCUGCCUAUCACAAAUGUGUUACGAUUAGCACAAAUGUGUUACGAAUAGCAAGGAGGGCUGUUAAGCUAGUAACCAUUAAAUGGAGCUGGACAUUU